AUGCUGAACAUAUCAGUCAAUACUAAUCCAGUGAGGCUGAAAGCAAACUUAGAAAACCCCUUAUCUAGCUCUCAAAGUAUCAACAACACUUUCCAGCUUCCAAACAUAUCAAAUAAAACACCUUUUAAGGUUAAUCAUAACUUGAAUUAGAACGUAUUCUUUAAUCAGUCUAUGUUCUUAUAGAGCAAGUAUUCAAUCGCCAACUAAAACUAAGAUAUUACUAUAAAUGUAAUCAAGAGUGAGGAGACUGUUGGUGAAGUUGAAGUGGAUGAUUUCAAGAUAAGGGAAAGUUUGAUUCAGGAAUUAGAAACCAAGGACAAGCUGAAAUUGACAGAAAAAAAACAUCUGGAAAAACUGAAGAGGGAAUAGCAAAAGAUGAUAGAUGAGAGAAAUAAUCCACCGAUAAUUAUACAAAAAGAUGCUUAUAAUAGGUCUUAAUAUGCUUAAAUGAUGGCCGAAUAGAAUGAAUAUCUGGAUUAAUCAAUGUCAUAACUUACUUUACCUAUAUUAAGAAACCAGAGAAUGCCUAAACAUAAAUAUGGAUUUGAAUAAGAAGAUAUAUUGAUAAUUAAAGAAGACUGUAGAAGGAUAUAGGAGGAUGCCAAAAGAAUGAAUCUUUUGUAGUUUAGAGAGAAACUAGAUGAUAUGCUAGAUAGAUCAAGAAUCUAAAGUAAUUUAGAUGAGGAAACAGAUAAGUUCAACGAAAGGAAAAAAGAACUUAAUAAUUAAAUGGGAAUUACUCCUGAAAAAAUAAAGCAAAGAUAGAUGUAGUAAAAGCAAGCAAAGGGAUUGUCGUCAUUAGCAGAAUUAUUUGGAAGCCAGGAAAAGAUGAACACAAAAAGUAUGCUUGAAGCUGGAGGUGGAGAGUUAUUUAUAAAUCAGUUAAUAUAAUACAUCAAGGAAAAAAAGGGAUUUGUCAAUAAGAGAGAAUUCAAUAAGCAGAAGUUGAUUAAUCUAAGUCUCAAACAGAGUAAUUCCAUUGAUGAUGAAUUUAGAAGAAGUUAAAUGAUGAAUCACAGCUAGUUAAGGAAUAGAUCACAAGAAUCUGACGACUCAUAAAAUAGGUAGAUCGAGUAGCACAAUACUAAAUAAAGCAAUACGAAUUUAAUUAAAAAGCCAAAAGUUAAAAGUUAAAGAUCAAGAAACCAAAUAAAUUUAACAUAAAUCCAUGAGUAAUCACAAUCUUUGAGUCAUCAUAAGAGAAGCUAUUUAGCUGAUUUGCAGUUCAGAGACAAUAGUAUUCAAAAUAGAUAUCAGAGAGACAUUAUUGAUAAUUAGGUGAAGAGGCUUCAAGAAGAAAUGAAGUUGCGUAGAAGCUCAGUAUAAAUGAAAGUGGGCGACAUUAUUUAAUAGUUAAGUAAAGUAACUUUGGACUAAAAUACAUUAGAUCCUAGUAUUGAAAUUCUAAAUUAGGAAUCAAGCACAAAUAUAUUUAUAUCUGACAUGGAGUAGACUAAUGCAAGCAGUAAUUACAUUCACAAUCUAUUCAAGUCCAAUGAGAGAAAAGAAUUUAACAAAGAUACUUUUAAUAAUCUCUUAACACAGUUGUCAUUGUAGUAUGGUUAUGAUCCUAAUUAUAAAACAAAGUAAGAAAAGAUUAGUCUAUCACACAGAAGGAUUAAAAGCAAGAAGAAUGCAACAAUGGGUGAAAGCUAGAUAGAUUUUUCUAAAGAGCAAAAGGGCAAUGUUGCAGAUCUCAUGAAAGAUGAAAAAAUGAUUGAAAGGUAUUCAAAGCAUUUAAAUAAAUGCUUUUUCAUCACAAGUGACCCUUUUAUAAAGAAAAAGCAUACAUAGUAUCUUCAAAAAGUAAGUCCUAGGAACGAAGAGACAUUUUUCAAAAGAAUGAGUAAGGAUAAUUAGCAGAGAUUGAUGAGACAGAGUGAAGAGGAGAAGCAAAGUCAAAGUUUCAUUUAGAGAUAUAAGACAAAUAGAAAGCAAUCUCCAAGUAAAAAUAACAGGUCUUCCUAGAGAAAUGACUCUGCUGAUAAUCUUGAUUCAUUUAGAAAUGAAUAAAUAGCAACAGACUUCGAUAAUAGCCUAGAUAUGACUCCAGAUAUAGAAAUAUUUGAUCAGGCUAGAGGACUACUAUGA